UGUGACUUAUAAUUGUGAACUGUCAAAUGUCAUUCCCGAACGAAUAAUAAUUUUAACCAAAUAAUACCAGUGAAUAAUGUUGAAACCAAAAGCUCUGACGCAGGUUCUUAGCCAGGCGAAUACAGGAGGUGUUGAAAACACGUUAUUGCUCAGCAGGGAUGGGGGCCUUCUAGCCUAUAGCGGCUAUGGAGACAAAGAUGCCAGAGUUACCGCUGCAAUAACCAGCAAUAUUUGGGCUGCAUAUGAAAAAAAUGGUCGAAAUGCUUUCAAAGAAGAUGAGUUACAGUUCGUACUUAUGGACUGCAUGGAAGGUAAAGUGGUGGUUACUGAGGUUGCUAAUCUAUUGCUCUGCCUGUAUGCCAGAGAGAAUGUUGGAUUCGGCCUUCUCAGAGAAAAGGCACAAGCUCUAGCAAAAUAUCUAGACCAACCAUUGAAAACAAUAGCUAGUAUGCCUUGAAGGCAAGAUAAAUGAAAUUAAUAUUUGGUUAUCUUUUUUACUUUCAACUUGUUAUAUUGAUAUUAAUUAUUAUUACAACUAUUUAUCAGAUCUCGUACUUUGUACUCUUCUGCCUGUAUUUAUAUGAACAUUAUAUUUCUGAUAAAUCGAA